GGGUCUCUGAAGCACACUGCAGAGUUCACAGGUAUGGCGGACUCCAAGCCCGAAAUUGUGGUGCCAAUCCGCGACGCAGAGAAAUCUGCCUCCACCGAGCAGGAGAUCAACCCUUGGGACGUUCACGCAGCGCACGAUGAGCAGGGAAACAUCUUGGCCUUUGACUACGUUGCUAUUUCACAAAAAUGGGCAACCAAACUCAUAGACAACGACCUUCUCGAGCGCUUCGAGCGCCUUACCGGCCACAAGCCACACCGUUGGCUAAGGCGCGGCCUCUUUUUCUCGCAUCGAGACUUUGACAAGAUCCUUGACAAGUACGAGGCCGGUGAGCCCUUCUUCAUGUACACCGGCAGAGGACCGUCCAGCGAUGCUCUGCAUCUAGGCCAUACGAUUCCCUUCUCUUUUACAAAGUGGUUGCAGGACGUCUUCGAUGUCCCCUUAGUUAUCAUGCUUACUGACGACGAGAAGGCACUCUUUAAAGAUAACCUCACGUUUGAGGACACAUACAAGUUCGGGUUACAGAACGCAAAGGAUAUCAUUGCCUGCGGCUUUGAUCCGAAGAAAACAUUCAUCUUCAGUGAUCUAGAUUACGUCAAAGGCCACAUGUUGAUGAACGUUUGGGAAUUUGCGAAGCUCAUAACGUUCAAUCAAGUUCGGGGGGCAUUUGGAUUCAAUGAGAGCACCAAUAUCGGUCGGAUAAUGUUUCCAUCCGUACAGUGUGUAGCGUCGUUCGCGACAUCAUACCCAGAAAUUUGGUCAGAUAAUCCACCAGCAGAUCGGACAAAAGCCAUAGCGAAGAUCCCCUGCUUAAUUCCGAUGGCCAUUGAUCAAGACCCAUAUUUUCGCCUUGUCCGUGAUAAUGCUCACCGCAUGCGAUACCCAUCUCCUAAGCCGGCUUUGAUCCAUUCGAAAUUCCUUACUGCACUACAAGGUGCCGGCGGCAAAAUGAGCGCCAGCGACCCCAAUUCUGCAAUUUUUAUGACAGAUACGCCCAACCAAAUCAAGAAUAAAAUCAAUAAACACGCAUUCAGUGGUGGAAGAGACACCAUAGAAGAGCACCGCCGGUUAGGAGGAAACCCGGACGUGGAUGUGUCCUUUCAAUAUCUUUCAUAUUUUGAAGAAGACGACGAAAAAUUGAAGCAAAUAGAGGAAAGCUACAGGAAAGGCGAAUUACUUACGGGAGAGCUGAAGAAGAUGGCUAUCACAUUACUACAAGAAUACGUCAAGGACUUCCAGGAGCGGAGAAAACAGGUCACGGAUGAGGUUCUUAAGCAAUAUAUGACGCCCCGCAAACUGGAAUGGAAAGGCAACCCGAACCCAAAACCAAAACCUCAAAAGACAAAAGAAAAGAAAAAUGCUAAAUAG